UCCGGCUGCUGGGGCGGAGGUGGGCCCCCCUAGUUUCAGGCGGCCGCCACUCUGGGGAUGCGACGGUCACCGAGAAGCGGCCGGCGAACGGCUCCCGCUCAGCCCACGUGCGGGGACCGGCAGGGGAUCCCCGGGAUCGCGCACCCGGGCUAGGGUGCAGGGAAGGUACCCGGGGUGGCAGGCGAAUCCCCGCUUGCGGAGGGUGCCGAGGCAGGGGCUGUCGGGCAAAGUGCGCGGGCUGCGGUCCAGGCCACCCAUUCCCCGCCAAAGCCAUGGCUUCCAAACUCCUGCGCGCGGUCAUCCUCGGGCCGCCCGGCUCGGGUAAGGGCACGGUAUGCCAGAGGAUCGCCCAGAACUUUGGCCUCCAGCAUCUCUCCAGCGGCCACUUCUUGCGGGAGAACCUCAAGGCCAGCACGGAAGUUGGUGACACAGCAAAGCAGUACCUAGAAAAAGGUCUUUUGGUUCCAGAUCAUGUGAUCACACGCCUAAUGGUAUCAGAACUGGAGACACGGAGCACUGAACACUGGCUGCUAGAUGGGUUCCCGAGGACAUUAGUACAGGCAGAAGCCUUGGACAGAAUCUGCGAUGUGGAUCUUGUGGUCAGUUUGAAUAUUCCUUUUGAGACACUUAAGGAUCGUCUGAGGCAACGAUGGGUCCAUCCUUCUAGCGGGAGAGUCUAUAACUUGGACUUUAACCCGCCUCAAGUGCAGGGGAUCGAUGACGUCACCGGUGAGCCGCUUGUCCAACAGGAAGAUGAUAAACCUGAAGCAGUUGCUGCCAGGCUACGGCGGUACAAGGAUGCUGCGAAACCGGUCAUAGAACUGUACAAGAGCCGCGGAGUGCUCCACCAGUUUUCUGGGACGGAGACUAACAAAAUAUGGCCUUAUGUUUACACGCUUUUCUCAAACAAGAUCGCACCUAUUCAAUCCAAAGAAGCAUACUGAGCCUGCCAUCGGAAGAAGAACCAAGAAGACAUGGCCGUUCACUCAAUCAUGCGUGUAGUCCUGGUGCCCUGGCCAAAUUAGAAGCUAGCCAAGACAGCGUGCAGCAUCUUUUCUAGUUUAAGUGAUGUAGCAAUGAGGCAAAUCUAGUGGGUAGAAAGAACUCAUGAAGAAAGAAACCCUCCUCCUGCCUUUGAAAAGAAGAUAUAGCUCUGCAGGUGCAUUACGCCCUUCACGGGAAAGUGAGUACAGACUGGAUUUCCACCACCGUUGAGCCUACACUAGAUGGGGUGGUUGACAGCCACAUGCUGCUCUCACAGCCAUUUUGCAUGCGAUGGUGGAGGAAUCUGGUUCAUGCCACCCUCCACAGAGGCUGUUGAAACCACAGCACUGUAAGCCUGAGAACUUGAAGGGGCUGUGGUCCCAGCUUGUCCUCUGCCAUACCCUUUUGCUGACCGCGCUCGGUGAUUGCUUCUCCAUGGUGACGGUUUCUCCCUCCAAUCUUAGACACCCUAGUUUCUGCUGGAUGUGUCUUCUCUCGUCUGCCUGCUCCCUUCAUAGGCCAUUCAGUAACAUUAUAGUUCCUGCCUUUAUCCCUCUAAACUCCUCUUUCUACAAACAGAAUCAGGGGACUGGAUUCAGUCCCUUCAUACUGGGAUCUGAGCCAGGCGGAAAGCUUACUUGGUUAAACAGCUGCUCUGACUGUCUUGAACCACUCUGUACCUUUUAUUUUAUUUUAUUUUUUUA